GACCAAUUUCACUCCUCCAUUUUCAGCUCAACUCUCUCUCUCUCUCUCUCUCUCCCUGCUCCGUCAGCAGAAUACAUGCACAUCUACACAUUUCUUCUGAAUUUCCAACCAUGGAAGACAAAGACACCGAACUCCUGUCCAAAGUUACCGCAAACCACUUAUUCCUGGGCCAAUUCGAACCAUUUCGGGCCACUCUCCGCAGCCUCCGGGCUAGAAGCCCGGACCUAGCCCGAACUAUUAUACAGACGAUAGUUUCCCAGGGCGGGCGUAUGGGUGUGCCGGACCCCGUUCAUUGGUCCGAUUCAUGCCCUUCUCCCGCCAUCCUCACCUUCCUAUGCACCCUUGAACUACUCCAAUUCCCCGACCCAACGUUGAAUAUCUGGUCGUUUGACCCGAACAUGUUGAAAUUGCGCUCUGAAUUUUUGUUGUAUGUACAUGUUGCCAGUUCCAGAGUUCUGGAAAAAGUUAAAGAUGGUGAAAAGAUGGAGGGAAAUGAGAAUUUUGAAGAGGGCAGUGUGGGCUUUGAAGAACUGAGGGUCCUGGAAAGAGUUUCAGAUGUUGGAUUGAGUCGUUUGAGGCCAGAUUUAAUUGAUUUGGAGGUAAUGGAGGAUGGGGUUGCAGGGGCUUUGGAUGAAGGGGAAUUGAUGAAACUGAAGGGGGUUAUUUUGGAGAAUUCCGAUAUUUUUGAUGUGUUGUGUGUGAAUAUAGGGGAGCAAUUGGGGCAUAUCGAGAAUGAUGAUUCAGGGGGUUUGGCAAUUGCGUUGAGAAAGGAGGUGAGGCGCCAGGAUGAGAAAGCGGAGAAGACACUGAGGUUGGUGCAGAAGUGUGUUCAGGUAAGUCAUCUGGAUGCUAUGAAGCAGUGCUUGGAGAAUGGCGAUGAAGAUCGGGUGAUCCCGCAUGUUAGGUUUCUUCAUUUGAACUAUGGAGUUGAAGAAGCAGAAUAUCGCAUGGUUUUGCAAGAUCUCCUAAAGCGGGUGUUAACAGGAGAACAUGAUUAUGGAGACACCUCACUUGCCAUGCGAAAUAAAGUGUUCUCAGUAUAUGUGGAAGCACUUUCAUCUCGUUGCACUCGUCUUCUUCAGAUGCUUCAGAGCAUCCAAGAUGACUUACUCUCUGAAGAAAUCGAGGCCCACAGCACUCAUGAAGGCGACCAGCUUCCUCUCCCCUUUCAGCGGCUUCAUAAUUCUAUUGCACAAUUGAGACCUGAGACAAUUUCACCUGACACACCCUUGUCUUUAAAAAAUGCAACAGCUUUUUGCAUGAGAGAUAUGUUCCAUUAUGCUCGUGUCCGAGGUUUGCAUGUACUCGAAUGUGUUGUCGAUACUGCACUGUCGUUUGUGCGCAAAGAGCAGAUUCAAGAAGCCUGCGAGGUUCUUAUGCUGUUUCCCCGGCUUCAACCCCUGGUAGCUGCCUUGAGUUGGGAUCUUUUGGCUGGCAAAACAACAAUGAGAAGGAAACUGAUGCAGUCUUUAUGGACAAGUAAAUCUCAGGCGCUUCGGUUGGAAGAAUCUUCCCCUUAUGAUAAUAAGUUUGAUGAGGUAUCCUGUGUAGAACAUCUUUGUGAUACAUUAUGCUACCAGCUUGACAUUGCUUCCUUUGUUGCCUGUAACAAUUCUGGUCAAUCUUGGAGUCUGAAAUCCUCUAUACUAUUAGCUGGAAAAGACUUAGUUGAACAUGGCAAUGAAGAUGCUCGAUUUGAUCCAUUUGUGGAAAAUUUUGUACUGGAGAGAUUAUCAGUCCAGAGUCCUCUUCGAGUAAUAUUUGAUUUAGCCCCCCACAUAAAAUUUCAAGAUGCGAUUGAACUGCUUAGCAUGCAGCCAAUUACUUCCACUCCAGCAGCUUGGAGGAGGAUGCAAGACAUUGAACUUAUGCACAUGAGAUAUGCUAUUCAGUCUGCUGUUCUUGCGCUUGGGACUAUGGAAAAGAGUAAUACUGUUGCAACAGUAGAUCAACAAAUGACUUCAUAUUAUUUAAAAGAACUGAAGAAUCAUUUAGAUGCAAUCACCAAUACUUCCCGCAAGAUAUAUAUGGUGAAUAUUAUUAUAUCACUUCUAUACAUGGACAAUCUACAACUUGAUUUAACAUCUUAUGAUCCAACAAGAAUUUCUUCCAACUCAUUUAAUGUUCAUGGUGGGGGACAAGCAGAUGUCACAACAGUUGAGGGGGGAAAUGAGAUGGUUAUCUCAUUUAUAGGACAAGUACUUGAUAUUUUGAGGCAACAACUUCCAUUAUCACUAUCCAAUCUUGAAAAUUCCUUGGAUGGCCGUGUAUCUGCUGGAAGUAAACAAGCUUUAGAAUGGAGAAUUUUGAAGGCGAAACGUACCAUUGAAGAUUGGGAAUGGCGCCUGUCAAUUUUACAACGCCUCCCGCCAUUAUCUGAACGUCAGUGGAGGUGGAAGGAGGCUCUAACAGUGCUGCGUGCUGCCCCAUCUAAGCUACUUAAUCUAUGCAUGCAGAGGGCAAAAUAUGACAUUGGGGAGGAGGCUAUUUCUCGUUUUUCCCUACCUCCAGAAGACAAAGCAACUCUGGAAUUGACUGAAUGGGUGGAUGGGGCCUUCAAAAGAGCUUCUGUGGAGGAUGUGGUGUCUCGUGCUGCUGAUGGUACUUCAGGUCAAGAAUUGGAUUUCUUGGCACUGCGCUCUCAGUUGGGUCCUUUGGCAGCUAUUCUUCUAUGCAUCGAUGUAGCUGCAGCGUGCUCGAAGUUACCUAAUGUGUCUUUGAAGCUUUUGAAUCAAGCACAAGUUAUGCUUUCUGAGAUCUAUCCUGGUAGCGUCCCAAAGUUUGGAUCAACUUAUUGGGAUCAAAUCCGCGAAGUGACAAUAAUUUCUGUUGUUAAACGUGUUCUCAAGCGUCUAUGUGAGUUAUUGGAACAGGACAAACCACCAGCUCUUCAGGAAUUUUUAUCUGGUGAAACGAUUCUUUCAUUGUCAAAGGAGUUUCAUAGAAAAGGAAACAGAGAUCGUGCACUUGUUAUGCUUCAUCAGAUGAUUGAAGAUGCUCAUAAGGGCAAGCAGCAGUUUCUUAGUGGUAAGCUUCACAAUUUAGCAAGAGCUAUUGCUGAUGAAGAAGCUGAAAGGGAUCUUGCUAGUGGGGCUAGCGGGGAGGGUCCACAUUCUGAUGGGAGAGGGCUUCCAAGCUUUGACAAGGAUGGAGUUCUUGGGCUUGGUUUGAGAACCUUAAAGCAGUCACCUAUGACUCCAGAGGCUGGUGAAAGCACAGUAAAUUCUGCAAGUUAUGAUGUCAAAGAAUCAGAAAAAAGACUUUUUGGCCCUUUUGGUUCCAAGAUGACAACAUUCCUCUCUCAAUUCAUUCUACAUAUUGCUGCAAUCGGUGACAUUGUUGACGGGACGGAUACGACUCAUGACUUCAACUAUUUUUCACUUGUUUAUGAGUGGCCCAAAGACCUUUUAACUCGUCUGGUAUUUGAGCGAGGCAGUACUGAUGCAGCUGGAAAGGUAGCAGAAAUAAUGAACUCGGACUUUGUCCACGAAGUAAUUUCUGCCUGUGUACCUCCUGUUUACCCUCCAAGAUCCGGUCAUGGUUGGGCUUGCAUUCCAGUCAUUCCGACUGUUCCUAAGAGUUAUACUGAAAACAAGGUCCUCUCACCUUCUUCCCGAGAAGCUAAACCCAAGUUUUACACUCGUUCUUCUGCCACUCCUGGAGUCCCUUUAUACCCUCUCAAGUUGGAUGUUGUGAAGCAUCUUGUCAAAUUAUCUGCUGUCAGGGCUGUCCUGGCAUGUGUAUUUGGCAGUACCAUGUUAUACCGUGGCAGUGAUACAGCUAUCUCUAGUUCCUUAAAUGGUGGAUUACUGCCGACACCUGAUGUUGAUAGGUUUUUCUAUGAAUUUGCUCUUGAUCAAUCAGAGAGGUUUCCAACCUUGAAUCGCUGGAUACAAAUGCAAACUAACCUUCAUCGAGUAUCUGAGUUUGCGGUCAUGUCUGAACAUGGGAAAAAUGAUGCUAAAGAUAACUCAGAACCCAAAACUGCUAUGAAGCGAUUUCGUGAAAAUGAAAGCGACACUGAAUCAGAAACUGAUGAUAUGGCUGUCGGCAAUUACAUUUCAUCGGUACUGCCUGAUGUUAAGGAUCAGAGCAAUGUUGCUUCCGAUGCCUGGCAUGAAUCUCCAAAGUCCGAAAUUGCUGAACUUGAUAAUACAGUUUUCCUUUCUUUUGAUUGGGAGAAUGAGGGACCCUAUGAAAAAGCUGUAGAUAGGUUGAUAGAUGAAGGAAACUUGUUGGAUGCCCUUGCUCUAUCAGACCGCUUCUUACGCAAUGGGGCCUCAGACCGGUUGCUUCAGAUGCUCAUUAUAAGUGGAGAAGAUGAUACUUUUCGAGGACAACCUCAAAGUAGUUCAGGCCUUCGAAUCUGGAGCAAUAGUUGGCAAUAUUGUCUACGCCUGAAGGACAAACAACUUGCAGCUAGACUUGCUCUGAAAUAUUUACACAGAUGGGAGCUGGAAGCAGCUUUGGAUGUUCUCACUAUGUGUACCUGCCAUUUGCCUGAUGGUGAUCAACUUAAAGUUGAGGUUGUUCAAAAGAGACAGGCUCUCUGUAGAUAUAAACGCAUUUUAUGUGCAGAUGAUCGUUACAAUAGCUGGCAAGAGGUUGAGAGAGACUGUAAAGAAGAUCCAGAGGGUCUUGCACUUAGAUUGGCUGAGAGAGGAGCAGUAUCUGUUGCCUUAGAAGUGGCUGAAAGUGCAGGGCUUUCUAUAGAACUGCGUAGAGAACUUCAAGGCCGUCAACUUGUCAAGCUUCUCAAUGCAGACCCUGUAAAUGGUGGUGGCCCUGCAGAAGCUUCACGAUUUCUUUCUUCCCUCCGCGACUCUGCUGAUGCUUUGCCUGUUGCAAUGAGCGCAAUGCAGCUCUUGCCCGAUCUUCGAUCCAAGCAGCUUCUUGUGCACUUCUUCCUAAAGAGAAGAGAUGGUAAUCUGUCUGAGGUUGAGGUCUCCCAGCUGAACUCGUGGGCUUUAGGUCUUCGUGUAUUAGCUUCCUUGCCAUUGCCAUGGCAGCAAAGAUGCUCGUCCCUACAUGAGCACCCUCGUUUGAUUGUAGAAGUUCUGCUGAUGAGGAAGCAACUGCAGUCUGCUUCUCUGAUUCUUAAAGAGUUCCCCUUAUUGAGAGACAACGGCAUGAUUCUUGCAUAUGCUGCCAAAGCUAUUGCUAUUAGCAUGAGUUCCCCUCCCAGGGACUCCAGAAUUUCAGUUUCUGGUCCAAGACCAAAGCAGAGAAUGAAGGCUAGCACGCCCACACGGUCAUCAUUUACUAGCAGCCUUAGUAAUUUGCAGAAAGAGGCUCGCAGAGCAUUUUCCUGGACUCCUCGUAACACAGGAGAUAAGGGUGCACCGAAGGAUAGCCAGAGGAAGAGGAAGAGCUCUGGAUUAACGCAAUCUGAAAAAGUUGCCUGGGAGGCAAUGACUGGUAUUCAGGAAGACCGUGUUUCAGUAUUCACUGCAGAUGGGCAAGAAAGGCUUCCGUCUGUUUCCAUUGCUGCAGAGUGGAUGCUCACAGGUGAUCUCAAAAAGGAUGAAGCUGUUCGAUCUUCUCAUCGAUAUGAAAGUGCCCCUGACAUAAUUCUAUUCAAGGCAUUGCUUUCAUUAUGUUCAGAUGAAAGUGCAUCCGGCAAGGGGGCUUUGGACUUGUGUAUUAAUCAGAUGAAAAAUGUUUUGAGCUCCCAGCAAUUACCCGAAAAUGCAUCUAUGGAGACUAUUGGCCGAGCAUAUCAUGCAACAGAAACAUUUGUGCAGGGUCUACUCUUUGCUAAAUCCCAGCUUAGAAAACUUUCUGGGGCCAGCGAUUUGUCUAGUAAUUCAGAGAAGGGCAGGGAUGCUGAUGAUGCAUCUUCUGAUGCUGGCAGCUCUAGUGUUGGUAGUCAAUCAACUGAUGAACUCUCUGAAGCACUAUCCCAGGUUGAUAUCUGGCUAGGACGUGCUGAACUGCUGCAAAGUCUUUUGGGUUCAGGCAUAGCUGCCUCCCUUGAUGACAUUGCUGAUAAAGAGUCUUCUGAACGUCUUCGGGAUCGACUCAUCCAAGAAGAAAGAUAUAGUAUGGCUGUAUAUACUUGCAAGAAGUGUAAGAUCGACGUUUUCCCUGUUUGGAAUUCAUGGGGCCAUGCCCUAAUUCGGAUGGAGCAUUAUGCACAAGCUCGAGUCAAAUUCAAGCAAGCUCUUCAGUUGUACAAGGGCGAUUCUGCACCUGUGAUCCUCGAGAUAAUCAAUACUAUUGAAGGAGGUCCACCAGUUGAUGUUGCUUCUGUUCGGUCCAUAUAUGAACAUUUGGCUAAAAGUGCACCAGCGGUCUUAGAUGAUCCUCUCUCUGCUGAUUCCUAUCUCAAUGUUUUAUACAUGCCUUCUACAUUCCCACGUUCAGAGAGAUCUAGAAGGUUCCAAGAAGCUGCGAAGGAUAGUUCCACACAUACAUCGGAUUUUGAUGAUGGGCCACGUAGCAACCUAGAUAGUAUUAGAUACCUGGAAUGUGUAAACUAUUUACAAGAAUAUGCUCGUCAGCAUUUGCUCGGUUUUAUGUUUAAGCAUGGCCGGUUUAAGGAGGCAUGCUUGUUGUUUUUUCCUGCCAACUCUGUUCCUAAUCCACCUCAGCCAUCUUCUCUGGGAGCAGUUGCUUCAUCUUCUUCUCCUCAAAGACCUGAUCCUUUAGCAACUGAUUAUGGAACAAUUGAUGAUUUAUGUGACCUGUGUAUUGGUUAUGGUGCCAUGCCUGUCCUGGAGGAAGUGAUAUCAUCGAGGAUUGCAACAACACAAGAUCAGUUGGUGAAUCAGCACACUACUGCAGCCGUUGCUCGAAUUUGCCUCUAUUGUGAAACCCAUAAGCAUUUCAAUUAUUUAUACAAAUUCCAGGUAAUAAAAAAGGACCACGUAGCUGCUGGCCUUUGCUGUAUUCAGUUGUUUAUGAACUCUGCUUCUCAAGAUGAAGCUCUAAAGCACUUGGAACAUGCUAAGAUGCAUUUUGAUGAAGGGUUGUCAGCACGAUAUAAAGUGGGAGAUUCCACAAAACUUGUCACCAAAGGUAUCCGGGGAAAAACUGCUUCAGAGAAGCUUACUGAAGAAGGAUUGGUCAAAUUUUCUGCUCGCGUUGCAAUUCAGAUGGAUGUCGUGAGAAGCUUCAAUGAUGCAGAUGGAUCACAAUGGAAACACUCUCUUUUCGGCAAUCCAAAUGAUCAUGAGACAUUCAGGAGAAGAUGUGAAAUUGCAGAAACUCUUGCUGAAAAAAACUUUGACUUGGCUUUCCAAGUAAUAUAUGAAUUCAAUCUUCCAGCUGUCGACAUAUAUGCUGGUGUUGCUGCAUCACUUGCUGAAAGGAAGAAGGGAGGUCAACUAACCGAGUUUUUCAGAAACAUUAAGGGUACCAUAGAUGAUGACGAUUGGGAUCAGGUAUUGGGAGCGGCAAUUAAUGUGUAUGCCAAUAAACAUAAGGAACGUCCUGAUCGCCUUAUCGACAUGUUGACUAGCAGCCACAGGAAAGUACUGGCUUGUGUCGUCUGUGGUCGUCUAAAAAGUGCUUUCCAAAUUGCAUCUAGAAGCGGAAGUGUAGCUGAUGUUCAGUAUGUCGCACAUCAGGCAUUACAUGCCAAUGCACUUCCAGUUCUGGAUAUGUGCAAACAGUGGUUGGCUCAAUAUAUGUAGCUUAUCACUUGAGGAAGUGACAGUUGAUUUGAGGUAACUAUAUAGCCCAUGUUUUGCAUUUGCAAUCUGGGUUAUGCUGCAUGGUUUUCGUGGAUGCUGGUGCAAAAUUUUGCAUGCAUGGUUCAGACCUAGGACUCAAUUUGCUUGGUUCCACCCUGCCUCUAGUUGAACUUUUUUUGACGGCUAGCCCUGCACAGUUCUGCUACAGGCAUUGUGAUUAGAGUUGAUUCAUGGGAAGGACUGUGUUGCCACCAGACAGAUUGCUAAUAUAAUUGUACAGAAGGAAAAGAGCAUUUGCAACACUUGCAUCAGUAAAGUACAAGUCAUUGACUCCAGAAACCGUUGGGGAAUGUGAAGUUGAAAAGGCUGUGUCUGUAUCAAAGUUAAAAUUAAACUUGUUCGAUGCUUGUGCUGUUCAUACAAGAUAGAUAACCCCCAUGAAUGAAGGGGAUGCUUUCUCUUUUUGUUCCUUUCACUCAAAGGAGGGGGUUCGAUUUUUAGGGUUUCCCUCUCAGGUAAUUUGGCAUAUAAGGUGUGUAUCAUUUGGUAUGAACAAUAUCUUAUGGUGUUGUGUAUUUGGUGCUUGCAUGACCCCUUACACCUUAUUACAUUCUUUCAUCCUGUCAAGGGUUUGAUUUCUGGAAAUAAUGAGUAUCUCUUUGUUCAGUAUA